UCAACCAGAGGAAAAAUACGCUGCUCCAAUCUUUUUCGCUUUUUUGAACAAUAUUGCCUUUUCGUGUCCAAGAUCCUGGACAACGGACCAUACCGUAAUACACGCAGAUCCUUUGCCGUGUAUAUACCAGUAAAUGAGAGCACACUGCUUGGCAUUCAAUCUGUAUACACACACAUACAGUGAUCCUGUACUGUCCCAAUCCUUGUGCAUGCAUGGUCUCCUGUCUUGACCUAUAGGGAUAGGUGACCUUGCCAGUGUGUGACCAGGAAUAUUUUAUAGUCAUUGGGCCAACCAGCAGGGGCCUAGCGAAGCAGAGGAUGGCGCUGAGCGCCGUGUUAGUAGCGGCGCUUCUGCUGGCAGGCAGUGCGCUUGGACAGCAGCCACAAUGCUUCGACUAUCCGUCAGGCACACUAAACUUCCUUGACGAGUUUUCUCCAUCUGAGGAUCCGCGCGCUGCGGCGCCGAUUCAGCAUGACAUCAACGUCAUGCUAACGCAAGGAUCCACCUACUCAGCAUCUCAAGACUACACUCUGUACACGACGUUCAGGACGCAAAUCGCGGAGGGCGGCGCUGCUCAGAGAUUAGCCACGCUCGGCCAUCCGAUAACGCGUGCCGAGCAGCUGUCCGUCACGCUCUCCAGCAGCACGCUGACGCUGGCGUACGGCACGGAGACGAGGGAGUUCAGCGCUAACCUGGCCGACGGCGAGUAUCACACGCUAGCGAUUGAGCACAGCGACCGUGUGCGAGUGUUCAUCGACGAUAAGUCGUGCGGCGAGACUACAAGGAGCGCUGCGCUGCCGGAGCAGUACAGAAUCAACUCCCCGAUGAUGUUCCGAUUCGGCGGAGAUCUGAACGGCGGAGAGUCGACGUUCACUGGCUCCAUCCGGGCAUUUGUGAUCUCGGGAGCCCGCUGUGCGCCAUCCUUCGAGAGCAGCUCUCCGUGCACGCUAGGCCAGGGUGUUGCUGAUAUCGGCUCAGCUACACCGCCAGCGGAUAAGGACAUCAUACCAACAGUAGUGACAACUGAGGAGCCAGUGGAUACUCGUGAGCCGGAGCUAGGAUCAGCUACAAUUGACAAUGAAGAGCGUGACACACCUCCUCCUACGACUACACCAAUGCCUCCCACUACGCCCAUGCCCACCACUAUGCCUUUGCCACCCACGACCCCUGUGCCACCAACAACCCCUGUGCCACCAACGACUACGCCAUUUGAUCCUGACGAGCCAUGUGGACCACCGGGUGACAAGGGUGAACCUGGCUCAGUCUUCCAAGGCAGGCCCGGCAUGGCAGGUGAACCAGGCGAGGCCGGAUCUCCAGGUCAAGAUGGACGUCCAGGUCAAGAUGGUGCAUCCGGUCCAUCAGGUCCACCUGGCUUCCCUGGUGGUCCAGGAACGUAUGGCUCCAGAGGACCCAUGGGUAAACGUGGUGCCGAUGGCUUUCACAUCCUCGUUGACAAACUCGAUGACUACAUACUUGAAUUGCUGGGUCUCACCAGAGCGCAGCUGCGCGAAUCGUUUGCCAACCAAGUCGGCCCAGUCAGAGGACAGAAGGGAGAGCGUGGUCCUCGCGGCAGAGAUGGCGUUGACGGCGUACCAGGCGGACCAGGAGAUCGUGGAGAGGAUGGACGCCGAGGCCCCGAUGGAGAGAUGGGCAAACGAGGCCUUACCGGACCAAUUGGACCCCGAGGAGCGCAAGGUCCCCCUGGCGGCGUUGGCCAGAAGGGAGAGAAGGGCGAAGAAGGCACCAAGGGACACCCUGGCGAGAAGGGAUCCCGCGGCAAACACGGUCGUCCCGGAGAGCCGGGCCACAAAGGCCCAUCUGGUUUGGCUGGCACUGAUGGUACUCCUGGAAAGUCUGGUGUCAAGGGUGGAAAGGGCGAACCAGGCAAAGACGGACUGAUGGGAGCGAACGGACAACAGGGUCCACCUGGUGUCAGCGGUGCUUCAGGACCCAGCGGCCCGCCAGGACCAAUGGGCCUCGUCGGCUCAAGAGGACAAGACGGAGAACCAGGCCCAGAGGGUGAUGCCGGACCACCUGGACCAGACGGACCAUCCGGAGAACGAGGCCCCAAGGGUAACGGUGGACCUGAUGGCCCCGUCGGCGUACAAGGCCCACCGGGCUCGUCCGGUGCUGACGGCAUACCCGGAGUGCCCGGCUCACAAGGAGACACUGGUAUUACUGGCCGCGCUGGAGAUCCUGGAUCCAAGGGAACACGGGGUCGCAAUGGUCGCUCCGGCCUGAAGGGAGAGCGCGGCGUGCAAGGACAAAAGGGCUCCGGAGGACCGACCGGACCAGUUGGAGCUCCUGGUCGUCAGGGUGAUGCCGGCAGAGUUGGUGCCAAGGGUGACCGUGGCCAUAAAGGAUUCAAUGGACCAAACGGAGAAGAAGGUUAUGCCGGUGAAGAUGGCCCAGCAGGAGACAAGGGAGAGAAGGGCAAGCGUGGAAAGACUGGCAGCCAAGGCAGUGCCGGCGCUCGGGGACCUCCCGGUUCAGCUGGCGUUCCUGGAUUUGCUGGCCGUGACGGCGAGAAGGGUGACCUCGGUGCUAUGGGCGAGUCCGGACCCAUGGGUCAGAAGGGUCGCCGUGGCAACAAUGGCGAGGCUGGACUACCUGGACCAACUGGACUACAAGGCGAGAAGGGAGGCAGAGGGAUGUCCGGAUCUCAGGGCUCCCAGGGACCACAGGGUCCAGUGGGUGCUGAAGGUGCCGUUGGACCACGCGGUGACAGCGGAGAGGCAGGUCCACGAGGCAGCACCGGCAGACCAGGAAACGAUGGAGAUCCCGGCGCUACUGGCAUUUCAGGAAAAGAUGGCGAACCCGGCGCCCCUGGCAUUGUCGGACCACCUGGUCGCCCCGGUCUUGACGGCUCAUCUGGAGGCCUAGGCCAGCAGGGUGAUCCUGGUCCUUCCGGUGAAGACGGUGCCAAGGGAUUCUCCGGACAGAAGGGUGUUAAUGGCGAACUCGGCAGAGCAGGAAACCCCGGUUCAAAGGGCCGUAAGGGUCAGCAGGGCUCCAACGGCAUUGCUGGCAAGCAGGGCACACCUGGACCCGACGGACCCGCAGGAUCACCAGGCUCCCCAGGCAUCCAGGGUGACGAUGGUGUGCAAGGAGAGCCUGGACCAGAAGGCCAACAGGGAGAAAUCGGACAACAAGGACACAAAGGAGAAACUGGACCACACGGCGAAGCCGGACCAAUGGGUGAGCGCGGUGUACCUGGACAGCCAGGCCGUAUCGGUGUGAAGGGCGACCGCGGAGAUGUCGGCCCUGCAGGCCUAGCCGGCGCAGAUGGUCUCGAUGGCACACCGGGUCUCCCUGGCAACGACGGUGCAAGUGGCCGUGCUGGUCCUCGCGGAGAGAAGGGUACUCGUGGUGUCACUGGCCGUGAAGGUCCCUCCGGUGAGCAGGGACGCAAGGGAGAAGUCGGCGCAACAGGAUCCAUGGGACUGGAUGGACUUAUUGGAAAUAUGGGCAGCAAAGGAGACAAGGGCGGUCGUGGAACACAGGGCUUCAAGGGAGACCGCGGUGCAGACGGACCUCCCGGCGAUGGCGGUUCCAGUGGCAGUCCCGGAGAUCGGGGACAACCAGGCAACAAGGGAGCUCUCGGUGAAUCAGGGGAUCCUGGAGCAGCCGGACCCGAAGGACCAAGCGGCAGUCCUGGCGAUCGCGGUGAUGUUGGUGAUACUGGUGAGCCCGGUGAGACUGGCCCAACCGGAGAGUCAGGCCUUGAGGGCGAGAAGGGAUCUCCCGGUGUGCGUGGCGAUCCCGGCAUCGCUGGACCGCAGGGUCCACGAGGUGCUGAUGGUAAGAAGGGAGAGACCGGUGACGAUGGCACACGAGGAGAAGACGGUCACCAAGGUCCUCCCGGUCCCUCCGGUGCUGAAGGCGUCAAGGGCCCACAGGGCCAAGCCGGACCACAGGGCGCUGCAGGACUACCCGGACCAACAGGACCACAAGGCAUUGACGGAUCUGACGGAGCACCUGGCGCACCUGGCAAGAAGGGUGCAAAGGGACCCGUCGGCCCACCAGGCAACAACGGCGAAAAGGGAGCAAGAGGCCCGCUGGGAGACUACGGCCCACCUGGCAGACCCGGCAACGUUGGCCCUGACGGCGAAAAGGGUAGCGUCGGUUCUGUCGGACGACGUGGCUCCAAUGGCGAUCGCGGAGCACGAGGUCCACCAGGAGCAGCUGGUCCCAAAGGACAGAAGGGAGAGUAUGGUCCUGAGGGUAAAAUCGGUGAGCAAGGUGCACCUGGUACAUCUGGUACAAGCGGCAACUCCGGCCAAGAUGGUCAACCAGGUACUCCUGGAAGCGCUGGACAGAAGGGAGAGCCAGGCUUGACAGGACAGAAGGGAGAGCUGGGACCUGAUGGAACACCUGGCACCGAUGGCCCAGUCGGACCCCGUGGUGAAGAAGGACCAGUCGGUGAUCGUGGACCCAGUGGAGAUCGUGGUAAUGCUGGACCAGUCGGUGACCAUGGAGCACAGGGAUAUCAAGGUGGACGCGGCUCCAAGGGCCCCAAUGGAGACACUGGAACACGAGGCACUCAGGGUCAAGCUGGACCAGCUGGACCCCAAGGUCCACCUGGACCACCUGGUGAGACCGUGGCCGUGGAUGAGUGUCCCUCAAGUCUCAUCAAGGGACCACCCGGUGCCACUGAUCCCAACACCAACACCAACACUGCCGAGGAGUUCCGACGCAAGCGACGUGAUGUCAGCGAGGAGGAAAUCAUCCAAGCUCGCCUUGAGGACACCAAGCAGCGCAUUCACUCCAUUAGCAAUCCGGAUGGCAGCAAGGAGAACCCAGCACCGACGUGCCGCGACCUCAUGACCACUCUGUCCAAGCCUAAGGAUGGACAAUACUGGAUUGAUCCCAACGGUGGACAUCCCGGUGAUGCUGUCCAGGUUCGCUGCGACUUCACAGCAGGUGGACACACUUGCGUCGAUCCGAUCGAAAGCCACAAGAGCUCCGAAUUGGGAACUGUUGCCUCAACGUCUCCAUGCUACAGUGCCAUGCCGGGUGGAAGCAAGUUCAACUACUCGAUCAGCACGCCGCAGCUGCGCUUCCUGCAGCUGGCCAGCAACAACGCGUCACAGACGUUCACUCUGCACUGCAAUGGCAUGAGCAGCCAGGACAUCAAGAUGAUCGGCGCCAGCGGAAACGUCUUCCAGCACGAGCGUGCACCGACGUCGGGCAGUUCCUGCGGACUGUGCAGCAGCGGAGCAGCACCAAUCUGGCCUGAUAAGCAGUGCUGCUCAAGAUCCAAGCCAGUACAACCUAGCCAUGAUGGAUGUCAGGCUGGCAGCGGUGCAGCACACUCCACGUUCAACCUGCAGACCAAGGACGCACGGCAGUUGCCAGUGCACGACUUCACGGUCGCCGGCCAGUCACCGAAGACGUUUGGUUACCAACUGGGUGCCGUGUGCUACUCAUAAGCUGUGAUGGAGAGCGCCAGUGGGGGCUCACCCAUUACCCCACACAAUCUCCUCUCUCACUCACACCGCCGGCUACCUCUCAAUCGAAUGAUCUACCCUCACGUGUUCGCGAGCCAGUCUGACUCAGGAUAGGCUGGCUCGCCGCAUGCCCGGGAGAUUCUGAACACCAGCUCUUUAGCACGGAACGUUAUGGCGGACCUCAGCGAUCCGUUUUCAGCGCUCUGGACCUAGGACUACACCAACAUAGAUUGUCGUACCUUUCUACAGCUCAUUGGCUCCUCGGCUGAGUCACACAUCCAUGCACAUACUCUCCCAUACACGCAUUCGCAAUAUCAGAGGAGCCUGCUCUCGGCAUCCUUCCUCUGUCACCCACCCACCCCGGCACUCGCACACAAACACACACACACACACACACACACGCACAAACACACACAAUCAACCAUUGACACUCACAGCCCAACAUGCUUGUUUGCAUGUACAUGUACCUCUAAAUGUACAGUCUACCAUGGCUCGGCAUCUCUGGCCGCGUCAGCGAUAAAACUUUUUUUUUAUCCGAUUGCUGGAAUCCAUGCGCUAACAUUUUCCGCUUCUGCUCUAGUGCCUUUCACUGGGUAUAAAACUCUUUGCUUUUGUUUUGACAAGUAUCCUCAGUGUGUUUUCCCCCCAACUGACCUUCUCUCUAUUGCCUUCACCAUCGGUUUAGCCACUCCCAAAGUAGCACUUGAUGGGCUGGCAUCUCAGAGCUGACCUUCAAUUGCUUGUAACGGUCCAUACCGUACUGUACAAUGCUAAUACUAUUCAAAACAUCACGGCCGAUGAUCGUUUCAGUGCCUCCUCCACUCACUCUUCAAAGAAUCAUUCCAGCUCUGCUACUUUAACUGUCUAAAUCCGAUGCAGCACUGCGGGCGUUGCUGUUGCAUUCGGCUGCUUUCGUUCUCUCCGUGUCGCUCGCGUUCUGUUGGCUGUUCACCAUGUUCACCGUUCAGCAACAUAGACUGAUCUGCUAUACGAACCUAGA